AUGCCUUUGACUCCCGUUGCCCACUCCGUUCUCUACCUGUUCAAAGCUGCUGCUAUGAACAAGUCACACCCGUUAACCUGCCCUCCCUGGACAAGCAACGUGUGGAGGGAGCUUUUUGGGCUGUUUCCUCUAAAGGGUAGUGAGGACUAUUACGAUGCUGAGAUUGAUGUAGUUGGCAACAGUGACCCACAGUUGGAUUCAAGCAAGGAACUGGGCCUCACCAUGCCCAAGUCUUCAAUCGCCUCAAUCACCAAAAAUUGCCGGAAGGCACUUGGGCUCCAUGAGCGUCAGGCUGCAGAAUGCUUCCUGCAAUAUUUCUGGGAUACCUGGAAGGCGGAUUAUGUGAGGAAGAUACCAAUCUGCAAGACAAUCAAGUCCACUACUCAAGGCAAGAAAGGUGGCCCGGACCCUUAUGGGUAUGCUGCGUAUUGCAACCUGGUAUUGGCUGCAAUCAACAGGAAGGGCGGCGUCAUGAAUCAAGUGGAGGAGACUUUGGGAAAGAUUGGGGCUACUCCUGCCGAUCUCUGGAAGGAUGACAGAAGCUUAAACAGGGAACGUCCAGCUACCAAGCGUGUUCUUGAGCAUCAGGUGCCUAUAGCUGACACCCAUGCAAGGCUGGAAGAACAAGAUGUGCAAGCAGCUUUGGCUUGA